GGAACAGCCAACGAUGCAUCAACCUCCAUCCCAGUGGAAUCUGCCUGUCUAUCAGAAAUGAUACUACCAGAUCUGCUGGGGGAUCAAGAGUUCCCUGUCUGGCCGUCGGAGGUCCCUGGCUUGACGUUAGACGACUACUUCAUCGAGAACAGGAGCUAUCAUCCUCCUGUCCCAUGCAGCCAUUGCAGCAGGCUGGGACUAGCAUGCUUCAUUAUUCAAACGACCUCUGCCAAUCCCAACCCCGUCUCAUCAUGUUCCAGCUGCGUGGCGCUCUUCCGAGAAUGCAGUCUGGCCCGGGGAGAGAAGCGCCCGCCGUCGAACUUUGAAACUCCCCAGCCCGUCAUCGGUCAGUUGCACGGAGUCAACGAGGAGGGAACCGUGGCAGACAGCGUACAGGCACUGCCGUAUGAGCCUUCUCCAGUGAAUACCACAGCAAGAGCCUCCAACAGCAAAAAGGCCUGGUCCCGCUCGGUCAGAAAGACGCAAAUAUUGAGAAACUGGUUUGCGUGCCACCUCGAUCACCCGUAUCCCACUGAAGACGAAAAGUCGUCCCUUGCGCGACAGUCCAAAUUGACCAAGACGCAGGUCAGUUGUUGGUUGGCGAACGCCAGACGACGGUACCGGCAAUCCACGCGAGAUAUUUCCAAAGUUGUCUUCCCACAGGGAUCUCCUGUACCGCCGUCUCCCUUCUCCAACAUGACGCCGUUCGAGCGAUGGCGGAAUUCACCUCCUGAAGAUGAACCGGUCUCAAUGUCUACUAUCGAGAAAUCCCUGUCCAGCUUUCUAGGUGCUAACAAUGACCGUCUUGACGCUUUCGGUCCUGGAGACAUAGACUCGUGCAACUCGUCAUCGAGUAGAGAUCCAGAGAUCUACGCGUGCUCUGUGUUGGAGUAUACAUCGUCGAAUUCUGCAUCUUCCUGCUAUUCUUACCAGUUUUCCGCCCAUUCAAAUUUCCAGUCUCCAUCGCUGCAAAGCUCAGAUGAUGGGAAGUCAACUGUUCUGCCGUCACCAGUAACCAGACCCGUCAAGCGCUGCAUAUACCAAUGCACCUUCUGUCGGCGCACCUUCAAAAAGAAAUACGACUGGCUUCGACAUGAGAAAUCCAUCCACCUCCCCGGCCUAGAUUCAUGGGUUUGCGCAAUCCCAGUACCCGCAGACCAACCGCUAACUGUCUGGCGCGUUAAGCAAGGCAGCCCAGAAUGCCUCUUAUGCGGUCACAACUCGCCGACAGAGGAACAUAUGCAGUCGCAUGAGUUUGAGGCCUGCUCCGAACGCCCACUACAGGAACGAACCUUCCCUCGCAAGGAUCACCUGUGGCAACACUUGUACAAGUUCCAUGGCUGUCGGAAAUGGGCGGGCUGGAACCCGAACCUGAAUCUGCUCCAGCAGAGCCAAGAUGGGGUCCGGAGCUACUGUGGCUUCUGCUGGGAGACCUUUGACAGUUGGGACAAACGAGCGCGACAUCUGGCGUCGCAUUUUCAACAGGGGAUGACCAUAGAUCAGUGGGUGGGCGAUUGCGCGAUCUUUGAGCCGAUGGCAUCGAUGGUCCAGGCGAGGACAGCUCAUUCAUCUUCCUCGGGUACUUUAAUAGGACCACAUUCUAGAUAAUUGUCUAUGCAGAUAGUUCUGUUAUACUAGGUUACCGGACAGAGUUGCAGAAUUGCAGUACUGAACAAUACACCAUUAGAUUUAGCCCAAGAAGCUGAAUGGAAUGCAGUAUAUGAAAG